GGCUGACCCUGGGUGCCAGCCUCAGUCUGGCCCAGGUGAAGGACAUCCUGGCUGAUGUGGUCCCCAAGCUCCCAGAGGAGAAGAUGCAGACAUACCGCACUGUCUUGAAGCAUCUGAGAGCCCUGGCUGGACAACAGAUCAGGAACAUAGCAUCCUUAGGCGGUCAUAUUAUUAGCAGACUGUCAACUUCUGAUCUCAACCCGUUGAGUGUAGGCAAUUGCAAACUCAACGCUGCUUCAAAAGAAGGAAUAUAACGAAUUCCUUUAAAUGAUCGUUUUCUUGCUAGAGCAACAAAUUCAAGCCUUAAGCCAGAACGAAUCCUAGUUUCUGUUUUUAUUCCUGUCUCUAGAAAGUGGGAGUUUGUGUCAGCUUUCAGACAGGGCCCACCGCAGCAAAAUGCCCUAGCAAUUGUGAAUUCUGCAAUGAGAGUCCUUUUCAAAGAUGGCACAAACACCAUGGUAGACUUAAGCAUCUUACAUGGAGGAGUUGGCCCCACUACAAUCAGUGCAAAUAAAUCCUGUCAGCAGCUUAUUAGAAGGUGUCAGGAUGAAGGAAUGUUAAAUGAAGCUUUCAGGCUGGUUCCAAAUGAAAUUGCCCUUCAGGAGUCUGCCCCUGGAGGAAUGGUGGAAUCCCGAAGAACUCUGAUGAUCAGUUUCCUCUUCAAAUUCUAUGUAGAUGUUGUGCAGCAGUUAAAGAUGAGGGACCCCAGUGGAUAUCCUGACAUCUCCAAGAAACUCUUAAAUGUCCUAGAAGAAUUUCUUUUGAUGCUACCUCAGGGGAUACAGUCAUACAAGUUAAGUAUCUCUAAAAACAAGACCCUCAUCUGCUUGCUGUGUGGAAAUGGGCAAGUGCGCUUUGGAGGACAGGAACAUUUCUGUAUGGAAGCUCAAAGUGUACGUGUGGUGCCAAAGGCAGAGGAUAAAGAAGUGGACAUGUAUGUGUCAAGCCGGGAUGCAGCAUUUACACAGGAAAUGGUGAUUUGUGCUUUGGGUAUUCCAAAGAACAGAGUCAACUGCCAUGUGAAAAGUGUUGGCGAAGCCUUCGGAGGGAAGUCAGAGGAGCCUGUGCUCCUGGUGGCCGUGGCAGCCGAGGUGGCCAGCUAGACUGGCUGCCCAAUUCAUUUUAUUCUAGAGCAUGGAGAUGAUAUGUUGAUUACUAGAGAACGCCAUCCACUACUUGAGAAAUAUAAGACUGGCUUCAUGAGCGAUGGGAAACAGGCGGCAGACUCUGAGUAUCACAUCAGUGGUGGCUGCACACCAGAUGAUUCUGAACUUGUCAUAGAAUAUGCUCUGCUUAAACUGGAAAAUGCUUAUAAGAUUCCCAACCUGCGUGUCUGAGGCCAAGCCUGCAAGACCAAUUUGCCAUCAACUACAGCUUUCCAAGGGUUCGGUUUUCCCCAGGGAGCAUUUGUGUCAGAGACCUGGAUGAUAGCUGUGGCAGCCAAAUGCCACUUGCUACCAGAGAAGGUUAGAGAGUUUAACAAGUACAAAAUGAUUGAUAAGACAAUUCACAAGCAAGAAUUUGAUCCAAAGAAUCUGAUAAGAUGCUGGGAGAAAUGUAUGGAAAAUUCUUUCUACUACAGCAGGGAAAAAGCUGUAGAGGAAUUUAACCAGCAGAGUCAUUGGAAGAAAAGAGGAAUUGUCAUUAUCCCCAUGAAAUUCUCAGUUGGAUAUCCAAAGACAUUUUAUUUCCCUGUUGCUGCUGUGGUUCAUAUCUACACCAAUGGGUCUGUAUUGGUUGCUCAUGGCGGAGUUGAAUUGGGACAAGAUAUUAACACCAAAAUGGUACAGGUAGCCAGCUGAGAGUUAAAGAUACCAAUGUCUUACAUACACCUUGGUGAGAUGAAUUCCUUGACAGUGCCCAACACCAUUGCCACCACGGCCUCCACUGGUGCAGAUGUCAGUGAGAAAGCUUUGCAGAAUGCCUACCAGACUCUCAUGAAAUGUCUUGAACCCAUCAUCAGCCAGAAUCCUAAUGGCACCUGGGAGGACUGGGUUAAUCAAGCUUUUACUCAAAGCAUUAGUCUCUCUGCUCCUGGAUAUUUUAGGUUCUCCCGGUGCCCGGACUCCCCACCCCGCGGCGCCAAAGCCCCUCGCGGGCACCGCAGCACUACGGUUCUCCCUGAACGGUGCCGUCGCCUAGACGCGGGCACGGGAACGUUUGCUUUUUCAGACCGAGUCAGUCAGAUUGUGGCCGUCCCCUCCCGCCGCCGCCCGCCCCAGACCGAGCGUGGGGAGCCCCCUGCGGGCCGCAAUACGACCCCGGCGCCGCCGCCACCUCGCAGUCCCUGGGACCGCAGGGGACCAGAGGGACGACGACAAGGCCGAGCAGCGGCGACUCAUCGGUUCCCCCUGCGGGAAAUCCUUGUAAAGACACUGGGGAGUCUUGAUGACCCCACGGCCAAAGUGAUGGCUUUUGUCCUUGUGCGCUGGGGGCAAAGAGGAGAAUUUAAGCAAAAAAGGGCUAAGCUAUUGUGGCUGCUUCCUCCAGUAGAUGCAGUGGUUCUUGGAAAGCAUCUGAGUAGGAAAGAGAAAUGGAAAGUUUUAAGGAAUCCCUUCUGUAAAGAGAGGUACCCCAAAUGGCUUCCAAGAGCUUGA